AUGUUUGGCGGGAAUUACAAUUCUUCAGGAUCCAAGACAGAAAGCGACACGACCAAAGCCGAAGCGAAAACGCCCUCGUCCGGGUCAGACUCGAGUGCCAAUGCUUCAGAUCCGGUCAAGACGGCUGUGAUUAACCAACCUGCGAGUGGUGAGAAGCGCACUGGCAAUGGUGGCCCUCCAGACCGCAAUGAUAAUGGCGGUUCCACCGAGAAGAAACGGAGGAGUAGUGGCGUUGGGGGCAAGGCUAGCAGUUUCCUGGCUUCGGCCAAGAAUUCUUUGAAUUUCUCCCAGGUCGGCCGUGGCAACUCGGAUAUGGGUGCCCAAACGCCGCUGCAGAAGUUGGGCAAACAGGAUCCUGCUUUGGUCGUGCCUCAGGGCCAGCACAACAAUUCCGCGGGCGAAUCGGUACCGGGUCCAAAAUCCACGUUUCGGGUUGGCGUUUGGGAGGAUAGGAACAAAAAAUGCCGCCGAACCAUGGAAGACACUCAUGCGUUCUUGUACAACUUCCUAGCUACGCCCCAAACCAUCGGGGAUGCGUCAGCGAAACCCACGUCUGAAAUGGGCGAUGCGGAGGGAACCUUGGAAAAGGAAAUGGCCGAGUCUGACAAUGGGUAUUUCGCCAUCUUUGACGGUCAUGCGGGCACCUUUGCUGCGGACUGGUGCGGUAAGAAACUUCAUCUCAUACUCGAAGAAACUAUACGGAAGAACCCCAACACGUCGAUUCCAGAAAUAUUGGAUCAGACUUUUACGACUGUUGAUGCACAGCUGGAGAAGCUCCCACUGAAAAACAGCGGCUGCACAGCUGCCAUAGCGCUCCUUCGAUGGGAGCAUCGCGUCUCCAACGACAAACUGGCUCUGGUCAAUCCCACCAAACCACCUUUCAAGUCCAAUGAAGCCAAUGCAUCGAAUGCAUCAGACAAGGACAAAACAGCGACAACUACGCAGUCGCUUGCUAGGAGCGUCUCUGCCUCUCAUGCCGAUGCGGCACACUUGAAAAGCAAGCCGUUUACGGCACGCCAACGUAUCCUAUACACUGCCAAUGUUGGCGACGCUCGCAUAAUUCUGUGUCGCGGGGGCAAGGCUCUGCGGUUGUCGUAUGACCACAAGGGCAGCGACAAGAACGAGGGCAAGCGAAUUGCCAAUGCUGGCGGCUUGAUCUUGAACAAUCGCGUCAAUGGUGUUCUUGCCGUCACUCGUGCAUUGGGCGAUGCUUACAUAAAGGAUCUUGUGACUGGACACCCAUACACCACAGAGACCGUAAUACAGCCUGACCUGGAUGAAUUUAUCAUUAUCGCUUGUGAUGGUCUCUGGGAUGUUUGUGGUGACCAGGACGCCGUCGAUCUGGUCCGUGAGAUACAAGACCCCGUCGCGGCUUCCAAACUCCUAGUGGAACACGCCCUGGGUCGUUUCAGUACCGACAACCUUUCAUGUAUGAUUGUUCGCUUCGAUAAGACGGCCACGGCAGCCCGAGGCAAAUUCGCAGGCGAGAGCGAAGCCGGGCUUGACGGCAAUCCAUCGGUUAAGAUCAGCGAAGCUGAGAAGAUUCUUCUUGAAACCAAGGAGAGAAUCGCCCAGGGAACCACGCCAGCCGUGGGGGUGUCUGCGAGCAAUAGCGGCCGUGGCUACGAUCUUGUGCCUACAGAGGGAGACGAGGUUGUGGUGACCACACUGAGCGAAGCGCUAGACGAUGUGGAAGGGGAAGGGGAAGGCGCCGACACCGCGGGUGAGGGGGACAGCCCAGAGGUGAGCACAUCCACCGAGGUGAAGAUGGCGCCUGUCGAGGACAAGACCACGGACGUGCCUGAUGAAGUUUCCAAUAAAUGA